UCAACUUAAUGUGUCUUGUGUAUGUAGGUAGUUUAAAGAAAUGGGGAUGGAUUUUAAAGGUGUGUCGUUGUAAAUAACACAAAAUAAUGUUUAUAUUUGUAAAUAAACAAUCAUCCACGAGACGGAGGUGCGAAUAUUAUGGACGGUUUCAGUGCUUACAGCCCCUGUUUUCGUGAAAUAAACCGUCGGGUAUUUACUACCAUUACACUGGACUGGUGAACUAUUUAAAUCCCUUUAAAUCCGUUUCGCGAGGACCUUUUAAAUAAACCGUAAACAUGUGGAACAUGAUGUGCGACGUGAUGCCGACGAUUUCGGAGGACAGCAUCAGCCAGAGAAGCUCCCAGUUCUCCGGAGAGGAUGCUAAUUUCGAACAGUUGAUGGUGUCUAUGUUGGAUGAACGGGACAAAUUGAUGGACAGUUUAAGGGAGACCCAGGAACGGCUCGGGGAAACGGAGAUAAAGUUGUCGGAAGUGGAGAAGGAACGGGACUCGCUCCAGAGGCAGAUAGCCGCUAAUUUACCGCAGGAAUUUGCCACCCUAACGAAAGAACUGAACUCCGCGAGGGAAACACUGUUAGAAAGAGAGGAGGAGAUAUCUGAACUGAAGGCAGAGAGAAAUAAUACUAGGCUACUUCUAGAACAUCUGGAAUGUCUCGUUUCGAGGCACGAACGAUCGCUGCGCAUGACCGUUGUCAAACGCCAGGCGGCUGCGCAGUCGGGCGUCUCGAGCGAGGUGGAAGUCUUAAAAGCUUUGAAGAGUUUAUUCGAACAUCACAAGGCAUUGGAUGAGAAGGUCCGGGAAAGACUGAGGGUAGCCCUAGAAAGAAAUUCGUCUUUAGAAGAAGAGCUAGCAUCAACCAAAGAAGAGUUACAAAACCUCAGACAGGGAUUGCCAAAUAACGUGCCUGCCAUAGAAGAUAAACCGAAAGAGAACGGACAAUUGGAACCUGCGGACCAAAUAAGCAAUAGUCAUCAAAAGGCAUCGCCCGCCAAACCGCAGAUGCCCAAUGGUGGAGUGGACGUCGAUCCCGGAAGUGCCGCCAGGAUUGCUGACCUGCAACAAGCGCUAGAGCAACAAACGAGCGAGAUCAGUAACUGGCAACGCAGGGUUGCCGAAAUGCAAAACAGGGUGGGCGAGUUGGAGGAGAAUUUGGCAAAAGCGCAGAAGGAGCUGCUCAAGGCGCAGGAGGUGAACGCGAAACUGCAACGGGAUCUGAGGGAGAACGUGGCGCAGAAGGAGGAUCAGGAGGAACGGAUCGCCACGUUGGAGAAACGGUAUUUGAACGCUCAGAGGGAGAGCACGUCGCUACAUGACUUGAACGAGAAACUGGAGCAGGAGCUGCAACAUAAGGAGGCCCAGAUAAAGCUGCACGAGGAACGAAUAUCGGCCAUCCAAGAGAAGUUGGAGUUGGCCGAGCAGAAGUUGGCGCAAUACUCGAAGUUGCCGGAGAUCGAGGAGCAGCUCAAGUUGCGCAUGGAGGCUCUUACGCAGGUGAGACCGCAGGCCCAAGAACGUCACGGGUCAGCAGAAGAUCGAAUUCAAAGACUGGAAGCGAACUUGGACGAGAAGAACGCCGAGUUAGUGAGACUCAACCAAAGACUGAAGAUGAACGAGGAUCACAAUUCUCGUUUGUCCGCCACCGUUGAUAAGCUGCUGUCGGAGUCCAAUGAUCGGUUGCAGGAUCAUUUGAAGGAGAGGAUGCAUGCGUUGCAGGAAAAGAAUAAUUUGACGCAAGAAUUGGAAAAAACGAGAAAAAUGAUGGAGGAAGUGGACCAGCAAAAGUCGGAAAUAAUGAAGGAGCUGGCGAAGUCCAGAUUGGAAAUCGACAACGUCAAGAGGCAAAUGUUGCAACAGGAAAUCGCGUACAACAUCCAGCAAACAGACGCUCUAACAAGGUCCCUCUCUCCAAACGCAGUCGAUCCGAGCAACUUUUCUCGCAGCGCCAGUCAUUCCAGUUUCGAUACUCACUCCCUGCCGCGACGGCCCAACAAAAGUCGAACACCGAUCGACGAAGAUCCGAACAAAAUGCCAUUUGGGUCAAGAUCGAUGACCGAACACGAGUGGGAGAAGAUGCAACAGGCCCACGUGCUCGCGAACGUUCAGCAGGCCUUUGAUGUGUCCAGCGAUGCCGAAGGGGAUGAUAACGAGAGUUUGUUUAGCACCACCGACAUCCUCUCCCCGUCUGGCCACACCGACGCCCAAACGCUCGCGAUGAUGCUGCAGGAGCAACUGGACGCGAUCAACAACGAGAUCCGACUGAUCCAGGAGGAGAAACAGAACACCGAAGCCCGGGCCGAAGAGUUGGAGUCCCGGGUGGGCAGCAUGGAGCACAUGAACCUCCUGGCGCGGGGCAGGAGCCUCGAGCGGCAGUCACCCCCAGUAAGCGGUAGAUCCACCCCCAAGUCGCACCAUAGCCCUCAGAGGGACUACUUGCAUAAGUAUCACACGGCCCCGGCCAGUAUGUCUCCAGCCCACUUGCAACAAUAUCACUCGACUUUGAGUCCAGGCACAUUGUCCGAAUCAUUACCAUCCAGCCAGCUACAACUUGCCCCACUACCAUCCGAACUGUCAAGGGACGAGAUGCACUUGGGCGAAAACAGUGGCGGAGGUGGAGCCUCGCCGUUGACGGCACGUUCUUUGAGGUUAGAACGUGUCGCUCAAGCCCUCGCUCAUAGCCAAGAAGAACUUAGAAGGCAAGGCCAGAACACUCACACGCCCCCAUCACCUCUAUCCUCUCGUCACAGCAGUCAAGAAAGUCUACACAAAAACGCUUACGGGAUGCCCCCGGGACUUGGGAACAGUCGGGAUGCAGCUUCGGCAGCGGCGGCGGCAGCUGCAGCAGCUGCCCAGAAGAAGAAGGGGAUCAAGAGCAGCUUGGGCAGGUUCUUCAGUAAAAAGGAGAAGGUGAAAGGAAAGGACGUUAUCUCGGGCCACGACAGUAACCUAAGCCUCAGCCAAAGCAGCAUAACCAUUCCGGACGGAGAAUUAAGCGAUUCCACGAGCAUCUCGGGCAAAAUUGGCCAGAAAACCGGAGACUUCGAUAGGCGGCAAAAGAAGAAGGAACGAGAUUACCGACAUGAACUGUUAGCAGAGGCAAUGAAAGCCGGCACACCCUUUGCACUAUGGAACGGACCAACGAUAGUCGCGUGGUUGGAACUGUGGGUGGGUAUGCCCGCAUGGUAUGUGGCAGCCUGUAGGGCCAACGUUAAAUCGGGCGCAAUUAUGAGCGCCCUAAGUGAUACUGAAAUCCAAAGAGAAAUAGGAAUUAGUAAUCCACUUCAUAGGUUAAAGCUACGCUUAGCGAUUCAGGAGAUGGUGUCUCUGACGUCACCCAGCGCACCGAAAACCUCCAGAACCACCUUGGCGUUCGGUGAUAUGAACCACGAGUGGGUGGGUAACGCGUGGUUGCCCUCUUUGGGUUUACCGCAGUAUCGCACCACUUUUAUGGAAUGUUUGGUGGAUGCGAGAAUGCUGGACCAUCUCACCAAGAAGGAUCUGAGGGGUCAGCUUAAGAUGGUGGACAGUUUUCAUAGGACUAGUCUUCAGUUUGGCAUAUCAUGUUUGAAGAGGUUGAAUUACGAUCGUAAUUUAUUGGAGGAGAGAAGGAAAAAUUGUGAAAACACUAAUACGGACGUGUUAGUGUGGAGUAACGAUCGAUUAAUUAGAUGGGUGGCGUCGAUAGGUUUAAAGGAAUAUGGUAAUCACUUAUUAGAAUCCGGCGUUCACGGAGCACUAGUAGCGCUGGACGAGAGUUUUGACGCAAACAGUAUGGCUCUCGCAUUACAAAUUCCAACACAAAAUACCCAAGUCAGACAAACACUGGAGGUAGAAUACAACAAUCUAAUCCGAGGGGCCACAGACCGGCGACCUGAAGACCUGCGCUCCUGAUAUGGGUGGACCGUAGGUUUAUCAAAUUAAGCAUUUUUUUUUUUUUAAAGAAAAGUCCCUUCGAGGAGGAUUUAAUUAAUUCUCGCGACCAUGUAGUGUUCCGUGAAGUGCUGCUCAGGGUAAAAAAGCGAAGCGGCAAAAGCAUGCUACUACCUCCGAAGUCGUAUAAUAGUCGGAUUCACGAAUGUCACGUUUUACGUUAAAGUGAACCUUACUGAACAAAACAACGUGACAUUCUUGAAUCGGCUUAAAUUGUUGUUGAUGAUAAUAAUGAUGAUAACGCAAGUUUGUGAAUUUGCUAAUGACGUGCGAGUCAUUGUUGUCAGUGUUAUGGCGUCUAUUUUGUAUCGUUUUUUUUUGCAUAUACACGUAUUGAUGUAAUUAAGUAAAAAUAAAAAUCACCUUUUUUUUUUUGGUAUCUACUCCUGCAUUAUGCGGUUUAAAAGUUGCUUGUCGUUGCGUAAUUUUAUUUAAAUUUUAGGCAAUAUUUUGUGAACCAAGUUGUGUAUUUUAAUAUGUUUAUAAUUUAUUUUUGAACAAGAAAACAUAAUUAAUUGAAUAAAAAGAGUGAAAUUUAAAAUGAAAACAUUUCUCUGAUCAUUCUGGUUUUUGCAACUAUGUUGUACGCAACGUAUGGUUUUCCUUAUGUAUGUAAAUGGUCAAAUCUACUUCUGUGCCUUGAACUUUAUUUUAUUGUUAUUUAUAUUAUUAUUAUUAUUUGAAUCUUUCACUUUAUUCUCAAAUGGGACUCGAAUUUUCCAGGGGCAAGAAUUAAAAACUAAUUUUCCGCUAAUAAAAAUCAACCAUUUUUGACAAAAAUAAAGAAUUCACUAACAAAAUAUUCACAGUUGUUUGGGAUAACUUAUCUGGUCCAUACGUUUCAUGUUGAAAAACAGGGAUUUUGCAGAAGAAUUUUUUACUGGUAAGAUGUUUGGGGUGGGUGGGGGGUGUAAGGGUAGUGUUGAAGAAAAACGUUUUUAUUGCAUAAAAUAAUUGCCUUAAAAGAAAAAAAAAUAAUUUAUUUAAUAAUUUACUCUCUCAAGUGACAGAAAAUUAAGUAUAAUUUAUAUUAUUCUUUAUUUCUAAUCACUUAUACACAGCAUGGAAAGCUUUGUAUACUUUUUUAUCAAACAUAUCGUCGCCUUCCACACAGAGUGUCGUAAGGGUCAUUUUGUAAAUUUUACAGUAGAGCGAAAAAACGAAAAUAGGUGUAACGGUUUCCAGAAAUACUGAAAAAUUGUCCAGAGUGAAGUUUUCAUUUUGAUACAUGUAAAAGUAUGUUUUACGAGUAAGGUUAUUUCGUACAAAAGUUGUGGAAAAAGUCUUUAGUUUCCCGGAUUUUUCGAAAAAUUACCACUUGCGUCAGUUUGUGUGAUUUUUUUUCGACUUUUUCCAGAUAGGACAGUUGUCAUUGUCUAAAAUUGUCUAAAAUUUUCACUUUUUUUUGGAGUAGAUCUUUGAAACUUUCCAGAUUGUUAUAGUUUAUGAUUUCCUUACUGGUAGUUUUUAAAUCAACUUUCUAAGUACAAUAGAACAGAAUUUGUCCCCCAAAAGCAGAAUUUUUAACAUGAAAAAACCGAAAAUUGACCAAAAUUUUCACUUUUUUUUGGAGUGGAUCUUUGAAACUUUCCAGAUUGUUAUAGUUUAUGGUUUCCUUACUGGUAGUUUUUAAAUCAACUUUCUAAGUAUAAUAGAACAGAAUUUGUCCCCCAAAAGCAGAAUUUUUAACAUGAAAAAACCGAAAAUUGGCCAAAAUUUUCACUUUUUUUUGGAGUAGAUCUUUGAAACUUUCCAGAUU